GCGUUGUACGGUCAUAUGACUCUGUCAGGUGGGUGAUCAUAGUCGAACAGGAAGUUAUUAGUAUCUCUUCAUCGACAAGUCGUACCUCGGAAACCGGGCAGAGUCAAAACAAUUGAGACAUGGGGUGGAGCGAAUCUUUACUUGUGGUAGUUUCUGGACUCUUUUCACUGUGUUACCACGUAAAGGGUGAUAGUUUAUGUAUCAGCAACACCUAUCCGUAUUCAAGCACGUGGUGUUAUGGAGACGAUGCCUACUGCUGUUACGAUGGCUCCGAUACCUGCUGUUACCAUACCUUUGUCUACCAGUACUGGUGGUUCUGGUCCAUAUGGGUCAUCAUCUUCUUUUCUAUCGUAAGCUGCGUCAUAUGUCUCCGACGCCGACGGGCUCGUCAAAACUACAUACGAUUUGGACAGCCGCAGUACGGAAGUGCGACGGUUGUAGCAACAACAACAACAACAUCAAAUGCUCCAGUGGCCUAUCCGCAAGGAUAUCCCGCACAGCAGGGCUACCCACAGCAGGGCUACCCACAGUCCGCCCAACAAGGCUAUCAACAACCUGCCGCCGCGGGAUACCCAACAGCUCCACCGACGUACUCUGAUGUAGCUCCCCCAGGUUACACACCUCAAGAGAAAUCCGCCCCGCCACAAUACCAACAAUAGAUGGCACCGCCUAUGUAGCUAAUGGACGUACACACAAACAUCCCAUGGAUAGUGUACAGCAGUCAAGCUUCAAUAUUUACUCUGUCUAUUUCUACAUCAGAGAAUGGAUAAUUUGAGGUUCGUGUUGUAAAUAAUGUGUUUUGAUUAAUAUACGAUAUGUAAUAAGCAAAUAUUCUAAUUCUAAGUUAUGACCAAGAAUUUUAUUUAGAGUACACGCCAUUUUUUCUGUUAUAGCUCCAUGAAAUGUAUUCCUUAUGAUUUGAUAUACUCUUCACAGCCCCUGUGAAUGUUCACUUUUAUUGAUAAAGUCUAUUCUCAAAAAAUGUAUCACGCAGUUGAUUCAGCCAAUCAAAAGCGACGUUACAAAAGGCGAUGUCAAUUUAUCUUUAGGGAUUUGUACCAUCAAUUUUUAAGCCAAUGAAAACGCUUUUUACAAGAACGAUUAAAUUACACAUGAGUGUAUGGAGAUAUAAUUUAUAAUAGUUCUGUGUUUGUCGCAUUCGUUGUCUUGGAGUUUUUUAUAUUAAAUGUUUAAGAGUGCAAUAUCCUCUCUAUGCCACAAGAUGUGAAUGAUCAGAUUUUGUGUGUUUUUGUGUUUUUUAAAUGAUGGUGGUUCAGGCUACCAUUUCAAUAUUUUAGUUUUAAGCUGCGAUCUUUCUCUCUUGUAUAUAUGAUUUACGCCAGUUGGAAAUCAAAAAGGUUUGAGAGACAUUCCGUGUUAUAAGCUGGAAGCAUAUUGCAAAUGUAAUGAAACCUGAAGUAUUCGAACCGAUUGUUAUCAUUGAUAGUGGAAAUAUAGUUUAAUGAACAUAAUGAAAACUAAGAGGACAGAGCAAUUUAACACUAUAUACCGGUAAAUCUAUUCAUAAAGGAACAAUGAUGAACAUAUUCCAAUAUUUAAUUCGUGGAAGGCAUUUUGCAGACAUUAUUCAAUAAAUUCGACAAAGAUCUUAAUCCUUUAUAUGAUAAUAAUAUGUUCUGUAUGAUAAUAAGUCAACGAUAAUAAGUCAAUUUUCCAGUUGAGUGACAUUAUGGAAUGUAUGCUUUUGUGAUGUUUGAAAAGUUAUCUUUUAAUGUAUCAUUUUAAUCAAUGAAUUUCUUUUUUUCUUUUUUUUUUAUAAUGUAGCUAUUUCAGAUAAAUAACUACUGCUAGCUUUGUAUUUACUGAAUGAUUAUUUUCUGUAUCAAUUCAAAAUAAAUACUGAAUUAUAUCCUUGAUUUAAACUACAUUAUAUUUACCUAAACCAUUUAUGACAUUUUCUCUAAUACAGAAUCUCCAAAAAAUAUUGCGGCAUUCUUAAGGAGAAGAAAGUGUACUGCUGAUUUUUUCCUGCGAUUACACUCAUUUUCAUAUCAUAUUAUGUUGUGCUUUACUUUUCACCUGUUAAUGCUAUUGUUUAACGUCACGUGUCAUAUGAUAACACCCAUUAUACAAUACCAUAGCAUUAUGUGACAGAUAUGACACCAUGUCACUAUAACGUUGUACUGAAAUGUAGUGGAAAGUCGUGAUGGUGACGUUGAUAAGAUAACUUACGGUUCUGCUGGGCGUCGCUGAAUGAAACUUUAGGACACAUUGAAAAAAAAAACACUAUAAAAAUAAAUAAAGAGAGUGAAAUUUCUUCACGUAUAAAUUACGCUUGUCUUAAUCUUACAAAAUUGUUUAUAUUUAUACUGGGUAAGUGCUUUUUCAUUUACGUCACUGAGCUUGUACGUUACAGUCAAGUAUUCGCUGGCCUAGAAGGGAUAUUUCUAAAAGGAAACACCUAACAUCAUCACCAUAGUAUUAAGCUUGUCAAACGUUGCUAUAUUUGGCGCUUUGGUUAUUUUUAUUAUUACAGGAAUUUUUUUUAUUUGUGUCUAUUUUCUUGUGGUUAUGUUCCAAAUUGUGUGAUUUAUAUCAUAAACCUUGUUUUAUUUUUGAAAACUUGUGAAAUAAAUUCGAAAUUUUGUUAUGUAUGUUCGAUUAAUGAUAAUAAUAAAAAUAUUU